AUGUCUCUUCACAAAAACUUCCCCCUGGUGAGCUCCCUCACAUUGGCCCCGAGCAUGGAUGCUGAUGAUUCAAAGAACGUACCCGCCGAUACAGUGAUCGUGAGCGUUCAUUUGCUCCGAAACUGCUUUGUCCGCGAGGCCGAAUGUCACGCUCGCCUCAAAGAACUCGAGCGACUUCUCCACGAAUCUGGCGCGGCCAGCCAGAGAGAACGGAUCAUGUAUAAUCAAGCACUCGCGCACAACACCCAGCUCGAAAGCUCUCUCCAGGCGGAAAUUAGUGCUAGAAAAGAACUCGAAGCACAACUCCACGAGGCACUUGCGGCACAUGAUGCGGAACGAAAGCAACUUGGGAAUUAA